CUCCAUGAAUUUCAACAUUUUCCAAUAUGAAUUAUGUCUACAACGCGCUUGACCUUUCUAUAUCCCACACUGUUUCGAGGAAUUCGAGCUAGCGAACCCAUUGCUCCUAGAGUACGAAUACAAUCCAGACGCGCAAACCGAACACACCGACCAAGACAAUUUGGCACAACCCAGAACAGGAGGGAUGUCUUUGUGCAGAGACAUGGAAAAGCUGUAGAGCCUUUUUUGAAGGAGGGAGAGAACGAAAGCAAUGUAAAGGUUUUUGUGCCGGAGAAGAAAGUCGAGGUCGAGGAAGAGGAAGAAGAGGGUCCCAAUCUUGCAAAAGUGGGAAAAGAGUCAGAGAAAGCAAACAAACCCAAAGAGUAUCAAGAGAAAGCAGAAAAGGGUCCUUCUUCUGCAGCGCCACUAUCAGAAGAGACGCAGGCUGCCUCGAUAAUAGCUGGUGACACUGGAGCUACAUCGAGAUCUAAAAUCACUCAAGGUCCGGAUCCAUUAACGCCCCGUCAACAAGCUGCUGCAAAUACCGGUAAAAUGGCGCCGCUGGAAACGGUAUUACAUAUGCCACCACCCGAGUCUGCAGAAGCUCAAAACUCAUCAAAACCACCGCAUCUUCAAACUCCACCUUAUGUUCAUCAUUUUGAUACAUAUGCUUUGGUGCAGCAGGUUCAGGAAGGGGGUUUUACAAAGGAGCAGAGUAUCACUUCUAUGAAGGCAGUGAGGGAAUUGCUAGCCAUCAACUUGGAUGUUGCCAAAGAUGGCCUGGUUAGCAAGAGCGACGUAGAAAAUGAAAUCUACCUCUUCCGUGCAGCUUGUUCCGAGUUGAAAUCCGAAAUACAGAACAACCGCAAAGCGAGCGAGGAGAAAAUGCGCAGGGAGCGGACAUUACUCCAACACGAAGUUGAUAUCCUCAAUCAAAAGCUCACUCAAGAGUUGCUCACACUCAGAGAUGAUUUAAAAGGAAUGUUCGACGAUCGCAAAAUGACUGUGCGACAAGAACAGCGAACAAUGGAAACUGGAAUCCAAGAACUAAAUUACAAAAUAACCGUCAUGCUCAAUAGUGACGCCAAAUCUGAGAUAGAAGGUCUCCGAUGGGUACUGACUCGAAGAUCAGUCAUGGGAAUAUUGUUCAUGGCAUUUAUGGUGUUGACAAGCUUGAGAUAUGCAAGUUAUAAAGCACAUGAGCAUGAGGAGAGAAGGAAAAAGGAAGCAGACAUGCAUGCGAAACAUGAAGAACACAUUCAGGAUUUACCUUCGCAAGGAGCGGCCGAGAUUUUGGCUGCCAAUUAGCGAGCUUUUGUUGAAUUGAGCGGAAUACAAGAUACCUCAUACGUUGCUAGGCUUUUUUUUAGAAUUGAUGUAUACAAUACAAUACCACAUGCAAAUAUACCAUUU